GGAAUUUGUAAGUUUUUUUUUCCCCAGGACUCAGAAAUUUAGUCUCUAAUUUGUUUGGAUAUAUAAGAAUCUUUGAAGGCCUUCACUUAAAGUAGGAUACAUCAGAUGUACAUAUUGAAAUACUAUAGACCUCGCUUUUUGUCCUUCUAGAACAUCUGUCAUUGUAAUUCUGAGCUGAUGCAGUGAUGGUGAUGCAGCACAUCCGUCGGCUUUUUAACCGUGUUUGUCUAUAAGUUUAGAAGUAGGAGCUGCAAGUCUUUCUAAAUACUAGCGAUGUUUUUGUGGGACUGGUUUGCUGGUAUUCUAAAUUAUUUAGGUUUGUAUAAAAAGUCGGGUAAGCUUGUGUUCCUUGGUCUAGACAAUGCUGGGAAGACUACACUGCUUCACAUGUUAAAAGAUGACCGGAUGGCACAGCAUGUUCCCACACUUCACCCAACUUCAGAAGAGCUAUCAAUGGGAGGAAUGAGGUUCACAACCUUUGACCUUGGUGGUCAUCAGCAAGCCAGAAGAGUGUGGAAGGAGUACUUCCCUGCUGUUGAUGGUAUUGUGUUUCUGGUUGAUGUAUGUGACAGACAGAGAUUUGCUGAGGCUAAGGCAGAAUUAGAUAGUUUACUGACAGAUGAACAAGUAGCUAGUGCACCUGUCCUUGUUCUAGGCAACAAAAUAGACAAACAGGGUGCUGCAAGUGAGGAUGAAAUUCGUCAUUGGUUAGGUUUACAUGGGCAAACUACAGGAAAGGGUACAGUGCCCAGAAAUGAGCUUCCUGGUCGUCCUAUGGAGUUAUUUAUGUGUAGUGUUCUGAAAAGACAAGGCUAUGGAGAAGGUUUUCGCUGGUUAGCACAGUAUAUUAAUUAGAUAAGUUGGCACAACAGAGAUGAAAACAGCUAGUCCAUCUAAAUUUCCACAAAUUUCUCAGAAAGUGUUCUAGAUUGACAACUGUAAUGGCCAACUCCUACCAUCAAGGAGAGGCAGCUCUUUGUGAUAAUCAUAACAACAGCAAAUGUUUAAAGUUUAUUUCAUACUUACAUGUUAGUGGACUUAACACUGUUUCCUUUAUAUGUGAAACAUCCGCAUAAAUUGCUGUCAACUUGAAAUUACAAUUUUGUUUAAGAUAAAUAUACAUGUCGUUUUAAAAAAAGUUAGAAUAUUAUUAUUCAUCAUAAAGGAUGUUUUGCAUAGAAGAGCUCUUAACAUCUCUUUUUACCAGUAUGUAUGAUCAUUCUUGUUAAUGUAAAAGCAAUCAUUUGAAGUGUUCAUCAUUGAUACAAAAAUAUUAGAACAGAUUUUGUAUACUAUUAUGCAAGUUUUUAAAAUAUAUUGUCAGACAUUUCCCAUACAUCAGUGUCUCAACAGAACAGUACCAAUGUGCUUUGUUUUGUAACCAGAUAAUGCAGGCAAUGAUAUCCAAUUCUGUACCAUAUGCAGUACAAAUGUAAUACACAAGAUCGUAAAUAUCUAUUCUGGCUUGGUUUUAAUUUCUACUUCAUAUAUUUAAAAUCUUGCGAGACCCUGACAUGGUGAGAAUUUGGGCAACUCAUUGUAUAAUGUGCUGUAUCAUGGAUGUAGGUGGCUUUAGCGAUGAUAUAUUAUCACCUUUUGCAACUGAAUGAACAGGAGGAGGAAGAAAAUAUACAAACAUCCCAAAUUGAAAUUUCAAUGGAAGUUUUUCCAUUAUUAGGUCACCAGAGUAAACUCAGGUGACCUAUUGCGAUUGCUUGUCGUCCGUAAACAAUUGAACAUUUUUGACUUCUUGAUAACUACUGUUCCAAUUCUUUUCAAAUUUGGUAUGAAGCAUCUUUAAGACAAGGGGGACAUAAAUGGUAAAUUUCAGGACUCCUGCACCCCUGGGGCCUAGGGACGGGGUAAAAACUGCCCAAAAUUGACCAAUUUUCAAAAAGCUUCUCAAGAACCGCACAUGAUUAAGAAAAACUAAAUGCAUAGUGAUGUAGAGCAGGAAGGCCUCUACCAAAAUUGUAAAUUUCAUGAUUCCCGGGUUAGGGGUUUUGACCCCAGGGCGGGGACAAACUUAGUAUAUAGUGUGUAUGUGUAAAACAUUUAAUUAAUAUCUUCUUUAAUGCUAUUGAUACUAAAUUGAAACUAAAUGGAUAUUUAGAAGGAGUAGGUAGUUCUUUACAAUAUUGUAAACUAGGGGUAAGGGUUUGGUUUCAGGGUGGUGUCAAAGUUAUAUUAAUGAUUUGAAGGACUUAUUUAAGUUUGCAGAUACUGUAUAAAAUCUAAUUGAUUUUGAGGUUAAAAGUCAAGGGUUGAAUUGAACUUUUAAAGAAUUGUCUGCUCAAUAUCUUGAGAAUCUUUGCUUGAGAGACAUCAAACUUGGGUGAUUUUGAGGUCAUAAGGGUCAAACUACUGUGGACAUAUGAAGAUAUUGUCUGCUCAAUAUCUUGAAAAGCUUGACAGUGAUCAGACUUGUUACACUAGUACUCCUUAAGGAGUAGAUGGUCUCCACUGGUUUUCAAGUUGCUGGGUCGAAGGUCAUAACUCAAAUGACUGGUUAUUUGGAAAUGUCUGCUCAGUAUCUUAAAGACAUCAAACUUAGUAAUUGUGGUUGCCCCUGACCCAUAUUUUUCAUUAUCAUUACAGACAUUCUAAAUUUAAAGUUUAUCCUUCUCAAUAUUACCACAUGGAGGACGUAUAUGUUUCUAAAUCAUUUCUUGUCUAGACUCCAGUAGAAUGGUAUAUAAGAUCGUAUGUAUUGUCCAGCUAAUUUUGAAAGCCGUGAGUAAAACAGUCAGCUUGUUAUGUUGGAUAUCAUUUUUUUCAAGGAUGUUUGUUGUAAUGAUUAGUGAGAAUUUAUACAAAGUGUGUUUAGCAAGCCUCCGAUUUUACUGUAUUUUUGGACAGAAAGUUAUUUAGUUAUAUGCAGUUCUGUUGAAGAUGCAUGAAUGUUUCUGUUAGUAAACUUGUAUAUUUCGAAUGAAUGAGAAUAAACUGUGAAUAUGUAUAAA